UGUAAUCUAUAAAAGAUGGCAACUGAAACGUUUCUGGACCUGACUUAUGAGAGGGGCAAGGUGUCCAAGAGGUCACUGCGACCAAAGCUAUUAAAAUUGACAGAUGUGACGAUACCGCACCGAAGUCGGAAGAAAAACAAAGUUAAGACCAAAGACCGAUCAGCCACAUCCGUGCGCGAGAGGAUCUAUGAUGAUCCUGCCUACACAGAGGACAUAAGCCACUUGGCGAAUCCCAUGCGUCGCAGUAGCAUUUCCGGGAAAUCCUUUUUGGAACACAAAACGAGGUCAGAUACGGGCGGCCAGCCAUCAUCCAGCAGCCUACUGACCAAGAACCAGCUGACCCAGGAGCUGCAUCAGUAUGUGCCAGGAAAGCAGGCCAAGAUCAAACAACACCAUACAGGCACAAUAGCUUCCGGCAGCACCGCCAUCAGCAUAAACUACGAAUGUGAUUCGAGCAGCACCGACAACGAGGCCCAGGAACCAAUCCAAACCAAAGGUGGUAUGACCCGCAGGGUGCGCAGCUUAGAGCGCAAUCUGGCCGCCGCGGGCUCCGAAAGGGCGGAAAAGAAGGGAACUCAGAAGCGCACCUCGAAGCAAAAGCGGAAUCUUAGCCUGGACAACAAUCGCCAUCAGGCCGCAGGGCAUCCGAAGCGGGAGGCGGGAGCUGUUGCUAAGGUCGGCCACGAUGCUGAUACACGAGUCCGCAAAGAGCGAAAUCGGAAGCCCUACGGCGAGAUGGGGCCGGGUGGUGGUGUCCCAACCGAAGUCAGUGAGUUAGAUGACGGGUACUCUGCUCGCGGUUCCGCUCAGAGUUCCGCCUGCACCUUACCGGCAGAUGCAGCCGCCGACGCGGCGAAAGUUGCUAUUGGCAAACGGUUCCUGCGCGGCGAGAUUGGAAUUAAAAGCUUUAACUACUAUCUGCUUAAGGAGGGCUUAAAGAGCUCCAAAAAACUAGUGGACCAACAGCGAACCCCAGCUGGCAGUGGCUGUGUGGAGUCACCUCUGAAGGCCGAAAAACGACAUUGCCGCAGCGAGGAAAACAUCUACGAGGAGAUCUUCUUUAAGGACACGGCCAACGCGGUGAGCUCGUCGGCAACAGGAGUAGCCACCGGCAUGGCGAUGCCCGUUGCUCUGACAAUGUGUGAUCAAGAGACGCACAGCCUGGAAAAAGGAGCUCAUCCGCAUGGAAUAAGCGCCACCAAUCCCGCAUUUGCAGACUGCGAGUUUUGUAUGGAGCAAUGCAGCAAGGAAAACUGUGAAUAUUGCUUGGCCCAAGUUGAACAAGUAGCAAGUAAGAAACUGAAGGCUGGGCAAACACAGGAAGAGCAGUACCUCAACCAAGGACAUAGGAAAGAGAACACUAUGGAUUCGCGGCCUAGUGGUUCGGGGGUCGAAGUGCCGACCGCCCAUAUACUAGAGUUCCAGUCGUACAACCCAAACAAUCCAGGCGUUUACAAAAUUGAGACGACUCCGGUGGCCAUAACAGGAGACUAUAACCCGAUUCUACAAUUCCAGCAGUCUUCUGCUACUACAUCGACCUCAGCUACCACCACGCCAAGUGAACCCCAGAUUUAUGGUGGAUACUACCUGCCCCAUGCGAACCAGAGGCCAUACCACUCGCCAGCUGUUAAUAGCCAGCUGCCAAAUCACUAUGCCGUGGGUGGCAGUCUGCUCUUGGCCCAGGUCACGGGGGCCACUCAAGGGUCCGCCACUCCGCCUCGGCGACCCCAGCAGCACUUCAUAGUGGGAUAUCAGAACGGAGGAGGUUUGUCCGCAGGCGCGGCUUCCUUACAGCGCUUUAACACGAAGUCCUCUUCCUCGAGCGACUCGCUUCCCUAUCACAAAUAUAAUACCAUGGCGCGGCUGGAGGCAAAUGUGUUAGCAGCUCCUGCCACUGGGGAUCUUUACUAUGCGGUCAGUGGGACGCAGCCACUGCAUCCGCUUAUGUAUGCUGCCAAUAGACCCAUUGGAGGAUCCCAGAUACUGGUGGAUCCCUACGAUCCGCAGAUGUACAAGAGCGACUCAAAGGCAUCCAUUCUGAGCGAGUUCUCCCUUCGCAGCAGCGACAACUCUCAACGCUACGCUCGGCAUCCUCAUCGGCGACAUGGCGGGCGCGUCAGUGAUUCCAGUCUCUUUUCAGUGUACUCGAACUCUGGCCAAAGGCGGUACUUUGGGAGCUCGGAAGGCAGGUUCGGAUACGAUUGUAGACGCUGCAGUCUGGAUGGGGUCAUCGGAAUGAGUACUGCGACUGGAGGGUCUAUGAUGGCUCCCGAUAAGUGCAGCUACUCGGACAACUGCCGGUUCGAGUGCCGAAACUGCGACUGCUCGUCAAAUUACUUUAGCUCAGACUUCGAUGAUGUUUACGGAUCAAUAGCGCGGGGAGGGAGCAGCGGAAUCCCGCGGAAAACUGCAGCAGGGACACUGCCAUCUAGCACACAAGACGAUCACGUUGAGCGACUGGAAACCCCACCAGCGUCGAUGGAGCAGCAGCAGUACGCGGACCUAAAACAGAACAAGUACGCCCAAGAUUUCUUUAAGCAUGUUAACGACGUAAAACGUAGCAUUUACCAGUCGGAAAUGAAGAGAAACAAUAGCUUGGAGUCCUCAAGGAGUGGUCCAAGAGCUGGCGGCAGCACAAUAAGCAAUGCCAAAGGAAGUCCCAAGCGGGCCGCCUCACAGGAAACUAGACUGGUAACUACUCUUCCGCUAAGCAGGAGUCGGCUUUCUGCCGGGGUAAAGCCCACACCUGCACCAAGGACCAGUCUCCAGGCACAGAAUCCUUUACCGGAGACUACCGUCGCAAAAGAUCCCACGCCUAGCAAGCGAAAAAGUCAACCAACUGUCCGGAGAGAGUAUCCCUCCUUGGACAGGCUCGUUGCGUCUACCACGGGCACCAUUCCGAAGAAGAACAGCAGGAGCAUAACAGCGGCCAGCUUACAAAGUCCGAAGCUGACGCAAAAAACUAGAUCAGAGGCUCCCGAAAAGAAGGUUGCACCUGAAGAUCAGUUGCCGCUGCCUCCGUCCGGCAAACGACACCAUCGCACAGGCGCAUCGAAGACAAAUCCAAACGCUUCCUGUUCCAGCCUACGCAGGAAAGACAUUCCGGCUCCACCUCCGCCUUCUCCCGCUACAUAUUCCGACCUCCAGGAGCUGAAGGCCAAUAUGGAGGGUUUCCGAGACGAUACUAAGUCUCGAAGCUUGGAGUGCGACGCCAACGAUCUUACGGCUGACGAUAAUUCCAAUAAAACUCAGAAGAAGAGUCUCAGCGGACCACCGGAUCCAAUAACGGAAGCCCCAAUCGGAGCCACGGAUGCAGGUGCAGUGGAGACUGACGACAACGACGUCUUCUAUGAUGCACGCAGCGAGGAUUCUGGCGGUGGUAUCUUGCCCUUGAAUACCGGUGAUAUUUCGAAAAAGAGUCUAUCCCACAUGGCGACAUUCACACGGGCAGCAACAAACGAAAAUCGCAAAGGCGCCUUUGACAACGAAGUGGCGCACUCUGCCGAGGAUGAUGAUUCCCCGUCUCCCGCCGCCCUUGCGCCAGAGGGGCGUGAGCAGGCGUCCUCCAUCGCGGGCAGACCAAAAGGGAAUGGCAACAGUAAAAUAACCACAACCCCAAGCUGCGAGCUCGGGAGCUCGGCCGAAGCGGAGAGCAAGCUGGACUCCGCCGCACUCUGCCGACCCCGACCACGACCUCGCCAACCGUCUCCCCACCUCCCGCCCGAAUGCACGGACACUGGGGGGGCUGGUGACGAACAGGCAAGCAAAACAAAACACGAAAAGAAGACUCCAGCAGAAGCCCCCAGGCAACAUGUUGGACCAACAUGUUCGGAGGGGCAGCGCACCGCCGCGCCAGCAACAAAUGUUGCUCGCGCACUCUCAACAACCACCAACGCUGGCAACACGAGCGCCAGCAACAGCGUAUUGGAGCUGGAGCUCAGUUGCAAGACGGGCAACACGGACAGCGAAACGCCAGCGGUAGCGCACAGUGACCCGACAUCCGAUGUGCCUGCCUGUGGGACAGCGGAGAAUCCAACGCACCUAAGAGCACUGACACGCCAGGACUACGCCUGCAUCGACUCGAGCGAGGCUCAAUCGGACGACAGUCACCUGACACGCGACUCUAUCACCAGGGAGUCGCAGAAUGACGAGCUCUCCUCGUCGACUCUUGAGAAACUAGACGUUAGCACACUACCACUGCCCGCACUCCCCAAACGCCGCAGAACCCGCUCCCGCACCAGCCCCUCCAAGCACAGGCAACAACAGCAACAGCAGCAGCAGCAGCGUCAUGAAGCUAUCGAAGAUGCCAAAGCGGUUGAUGCAUCGACCGCAGCAGCAGGACAACAGCACCCCAAGCCACGUCAGGGAGCAGCCUCUCCAGAGUCCCAAAAGCCAGAAAUAAGCGGCCCCAAGAACAACGCAGCCGGCCAACAGCAGAAGCAGCCGCAGUCGCAACAGCAGCAGACACACCUCUCCGCCUUCCAGCAGUACGUCGCCAAGCGAAGGGAGAGUCUGGAGGCGUCCAAUCGUUGUUUCAACGAGAAGCUAGAGGCGCGCAGAAUGCAUUACCACAUGGGUGGGAGCGCAGCAAAUGGUAACGCAACCGCCUCCCAUCUGACGGCUGGCUCCAAUGGAGUGCCCACUUAUCUGUUCGGUGAAAAUUUCUAUGGAGUGCCCGGCACUGGACGUAAGUCCAUAUCUCCCGCCACCAAGAAGGAGGAAAUAUUUCUGAACAAGUCCGGAUGGGUGCAGGUCAACACGAGGCGUGGGGGCAACAAGGAUGACAAUGGCGGGGGCUACCGAAGCCUCAGCUACGCCCAACAGAAUGGUGGCGGACGUGUUGCGGCGAUGCUGACGGAUCCUGGGCGACGCUCAGACCUGGCACGACAGUCAUUCAUCCUGCAGCAUCAGCAACAGCAUCAGCUUCAGCAACAGCAUCAAUCCAAUAUGAGCAUGACUGAGCCGAAGUUUGUUGGCUCCAAAGUAGAAGAGCUGAUUCAAAGGAACGAAGCACGGUUAAGCGGCUGUUCCAUACGGGAGCCUUCCCUGCGUCCGGGCCAUCGGAUUAUCGAUCCCCAGCUGGCGAACAUCCUAAACGAACGGCCUGGCUUCUUGCCAGUGAAGGGUCCCAAUGAUCUCGAUUCCCCCCUCACUCCAAUUCUCUCGCCACCUCCCGCUUUCCAGGACAACAGCCGAAGUGCGCGGCGUCAGGAGAGGCGCAACCCAGGACGCCAGCAGGGUCCUCUGCCCCUGCCUGUGCCGUUCCGGUCGCAGCCCCAGAUGGACCCUCAAAACCCCAUUAAUGGCUCCGCCAAAGGCAUGGUAUUUUCCCGUAGUUUCGAGUACGACACACGUCGCCACACGCCCACCGACAGCUACGUAGAGACGUUUUCCCGCAGCUUUGAUGGAAACUUGUCGGAUCGCCUGCUCAACCUGGCCGUUCUGGCAGGCCAGCGGGAACGGUCGCCGAACUUCAGCACCCUGACCGGCAACUCUCCGAACUACCUUACGAAACGGGAGAGCGGCGGCGGAAGCAGUGGCUCACUUCGCAGCCGUGACAGCUCGCCCAAGUAUCUGCAUCCGCAGACCACAACUGCUUACUUAAAUGCCGCUGUCAAGGAGGCGCCUCCUGUCUACAGUGUCCCCACUGGCAGUCAGGCCAAGUAUUCGCCGCGCUCCCGUUUCGAAAGGACUGCUGAGCGUUCCAAAACCCACGCCCUGGGACGUUCCCGUAAGUCCCAGUUCAGCCGCGUGGGCAGUGCCGGACCUCUGUUAGCGCAUCCAAACACGGCGAAUGUGGGAGUGUCUCGUUUCCGGAGCUUUGACACGUCCAAGAGCCAGCGCCUCAAUUCGUGCGACAGCGGUGCGAGAUCAGAUCUUUCCAACGAUGAGCUGGACAAUGAAGAUGGCGGGUUGAACGACUUUCUAUCCGCCGGCAGUCACAAGUUUCCUAAAAUUGGAACGAAUAGCGUCAGCGUAUCGCCUUUUAAAAUGCAACGCCAGAGAUCCCUGACACCAGAUCGGAAUGACUCCCAUAGCUCGACUAGCAGCUUACGGAAGCAAAGAUCAAACACCCCUGAGUCCAGGUCUUUGACUCCCGAGGAACGGCGCAGAAAGGGGUCCCAGCUUUCCUUGGGCGGCGCCCGGCAAAGCUCCAGCUCGAGGAGCAACACGUUUGAGGGCCGCCAGCGGCACGAGGACAAAACCCCACCCAACAUAUCACGCAGCUCCUCCAGCUCCAGCUACAGUGGUGGCGAGUCCCACGAGCCCCUUAAUGGCACCGGCGUCACGACUGUUACACCCUCGGCCGCCAUUUCCGGAAGUGGCUCCACCAGCCAUCGACGCGCAUUGACCGCGAAACAGGCGGAGCAGGAGCACCGCAUUCGACGCUCGAGAUCGUUGCAACUAACCGAACGCUCUCCAAGCCGAGCGCACAAAUCCAUUGUUAACGUGGGUGCUCUGGUCCCGCAGCAGCGGUCGGUAGGUGUUCCCUAUCAGCAGUCCCGUGUCCCAGGUGGGGGCGUUUUCCCCCCCACUAUCCGAACCUCACCAGCGGGGGCAAAGAUCCAUGUCAAUUCGCCUGCGCCACCCAACAACUCGGUGAGAGUGCGACAAAACGAUACGGACAAGGCGCGCUCCUUCGACUUUGACUACAACAACUUCAGCCGUGGUGGAGGAGCAAAGGGUUCAAGUCGCACCGCCCACACUAGCGGCAGCGGAGGAGACAGCGGAAGCAAUCAGAAUCUGCGCGUGGAGAGGGAGUCCCGCUCCUUCGACGACGAAAUUUGCGAAGCCGUGCUCAACAACAACAACGGCAGCAACGGAAGUGUGAGUGGCCUGCGCUUCCUACAGCCUGCAACCGAUUCCGGGCAGGUGUCAAUGGCGUCCACGUCGUCUUCCCGUCUGCGCAAGUCCAACUCGCCUGUCAGCGCGUCUGGAAUGGAGGCGACGCGGUCGCCACAGUCAUCGGGAUCCUCUUCCAACAAUCUCCAUCAGCAGGCGAGGCAAUCGGGCAGUCCUCAGAGCUACGGGACGCGACUUUGCGACCACGAGCUGACUUACGAAAUGCUACGAAAGUCGCCCAUCAUGAACUUCCGCCGUGGGGACAGCGGCGACUACGAACUGCCGGUGAUGCUUCGGAAUCGGGAAACCAUCAACUCGGGGGGCAACAGUGAGCUCAACUUUAUGAGCAAUGAGACGCGAAUCUACGAGCACCCUACAACCGUUCUAAAGUCACAGCGAUCCCUCCGCCAAAGUCCGGGGUCUCGGGACGACCUUAACCUUGAGGUUGCAGUGGGAGUGGGAGGCGACUACAUCUACAGGCAGCCGGCCAACCAGCCGCGUAGCAGCAGUGUUAAAGCGGAGUACUUUGCAACGGCAACGACGAAAAGUUGCACCAAAACUUUGGACACAUGCGAUUAUUGGCCACGCUGCGCCGCCUGUCAGCAUAAAAGUGCCUCGGGAGAACUCAAAAAAGGACCGUCUGCCUCCGGAAAACCCUCGACCGUGCUGGAUAACGUGCAGCCCCAUGUCACCUCAGUGAUCGUUAAUGAAGACAACGCAGUCCCGGGCCCACAGCUCCGAAGCCUGGAGAAAUCCAAUCCGUCAUGGACCUUCCUUUGUAGCGGAAUUGCCAGCAUUUGCCAACCUGCGGAGCAGACGGAAACCGACCAUAGCACUGCCCAGGAGGCGGCGAAGGAGGAUAUUGUCAUCAGGAAGGUCAUAACCAACAAAAGCCGCAGGACGGGACGUAGUCGUUCUCUGCCAAGUGUAAUGCUGCGAAGACUUUAUCUAGAAGGAAUGCCAAAACCUGGAAGCAAUGAAAUGGGAACAACCAGUGACUGCGCUGCGACUUUGUCACAGCAAAUAAAGGCGGUCUCCAGUCCAACGCUGUCCGAGCCGUGCUUAGAGGAGCAGCCACAAAAAGGAACUGAAAGUACGGAUGUGGCUAACACAGGCAGCAGCGCCGGAAGUGGAGGCCUAGGCGUAUUGCAGAAAUUCAAACGCACCUUGAACAACUUUAACAACAAAAAUCAAAUGCACAUCUCUCCGCUAUCACCAGCGGCAGUAGGUAACAAUGUCCCAAAAACUAAGACAUCGCCAACAACGCCGACCGCAUCCAUAGCACCUAUGAUAACGACGACCACAGCUGGCGAUCCUGGGUCAGAGGCCGGCGAUUCGAGCUCCGGAAAAUACCGGUUUGGGCCCCUUAUUUGGCGUUCUUCCAAAGAACGCCGUAAGACGAAGUACAACCGACGCGACAAGUGCAAUUCUGGUGACUCAGGCAUACAGAUCGAACUAGAGCAGGAUGAGCAAUACUCCCGUGCGAUGGCGGUGAGCCGCCAGGAUGAGCCCCGCGCGUUUGCUUUAACCAAUGGAUCGUGUGGUGUCGCGCUCUCUAAAAUGCGAGCCAUACGUCGCACCAACUCUGCAAAGGCGAGCAGCAUCCUUGGGCCCUUUAUUGUUAAAACCAAAAUAGCCAGGCAUUUAAACAUUGGAGAGUCUGACAAAGCUGAGCGCAAAGCGCCCGAGUCACUACCCACGCGAUCGCUUAGUCAGCCGAACGGCCUAGAGUCCUACGGUAUGGGUCGUCCCGAUCUUGAGGAUAGCGACAGCGAUAGUGUCGCGUCAAACGAGGAAGCUGUAAGCUUCUACCCAACCACCUAUGCGGAGGUGCUGUACAACUUCACGGCCGGCGGUCCUCAAGAACUAGGGCUAGAGAGAGGAAUGCUUAUAGAAAUACUGCGCAAGGAAGUUGGACCCUGGUGGUUCGGCCGAAUUAAGAAGGAGGAAACCAAUCUGGUGGAAGACAUAUUGGGUCCUGAGCUGGGCUGGUUCCCCAAGGAGUUUGUGCGCAUUAUACACUGUCCAGAGACGGACAAUUUCUUUAUAGCGCACAGGGCUGCCGCUGAUGAAGCGGCGGCUGAGGAAGCCAAAGCUCUUGCCGAGGAAGGGUCUGUUCCCGUUCCCGUUGCGGCAUUUGCAGAGGACACAGACGUUACCGUCACCACAGACCAAAGCAACGUCACCCUUAUAGUCAUUGAAUCACCACCAACUCCGAGUGCACCCAGUGUGGACUUUGUUGCCCAACCGGAUCACAGCACGAUCAUACGCCGCAGUGCCGUUCGCGAACUGCUUGAUACGGAGGUCAAUUACGUAAAGCUCCUAGCAGCCAUUUGUGAUGGGUACCUGCCAGCUAUGAGCAAGCGCAUCGAUAUAUUUUCGCCAAACAGUAUUCGGCUUAUCUUCUCCAACAUAACGGCCAUUUACAAGUUUCAGCGAAAGUUUCUUGAAGCCUUACGACGAGGAAUAGAGCAAAACCAAGUUGCCAAAGUUUUCCUCAAAAUGCAUAAAGGUUUCCUAUGCUACUCCACCUAUUGUAACGCAUACCCUCGAGCCCUAAUAGAACUUGAGACCUACGAUCGAGUAAAAGACGCCCGUACAAUUCUUGAGAACUGCCGCGAAUCCCAAAACCUGGCCGAGCUGCCCCUCUCUGCUCACCUGCUGGCACCUGUGCAACGAAUCUGCCGCUAUCCCCUGCACCUCAACGAGAUUAUUAAGUCGGCAUUGGAGAAGGGAGCCAAGGAAGGGAACGAUACAGACGGUGCGAAGUCAGCUGGCAAGACAACUGACUAUGAGCAACUUGAUGUAAAUGAACUAGACAUACCCGACUCUCAAGAUACUGUCAAUUUGGCACUGGAAGCCAUGCGCGGCAUCACAGAAGCAGUCAAUGAGGGCAAGCGCCACAGCGAGACGAUUGCAAGGCAUCAAGCCAGCUUCCAAAACUUUAAGGGACCGCCGCUGCACUUGCAUAGUGCUCGCUUCUUCCUGCAAGUUGAUGCCACGCGGCAGAAACAGAAUCUGUGGAACAGCAGCUACACUCUGUUCCUUUUUGAUAACCAGCUCGUUUACUGCAAGCGAGAUAUUAUUAAGCGGAGCCACUUCAUCUACAAAGGACGCAUAUUUCUCGAUCGGUGUCGCGUGGUAAACGUGAGGGAUGGAAAAAUGUUUGGGCACACCAUUAAGAACUCCCUACGCAUCUAUAGCGAGUCUCGAGACAAGUGGUACGAUUUUAGCUUCCGUUCCGCGAACCGCAAGCAUCGCUUCCUAAGCACUCUCGCCCUGGAGCGCCAGUUUGGUGGUAAAGCUCUAUACGUAUCAGAGAUGACUGGAUUCGAGUACAAUUACGAGGAGCGGCCGGGCGAUUACUCAGACCAAUCAGAUUACGAUGCACAAGAUUUUGAAUUAGCAACUGCGGUCACCAGUGGGGAGAGCUCACUGCCUGAGUCGCCGGCCAAAUCUACGUCUCGCCUGUGUGAGACACUGCCAAAAAAAUCGCAGUCCAGAGACGGAAUAUCCAGCGCUGAAAACUCUCAAAUAGUCUCUACCACAUCGACAGGUUCGCUAGGAAGGCGGCAUUUUGGCAAUUGGUUCCGCAAGCCAAAAAGCGCAAACUGCACUCCAAGUCAAUCACCGACGCAUAAGCCGAGCUUCGACGCAGACGCUACGCUCACGGAAGCCCGGGUUGCUGCGAUGGAACUGGCUGAAGCCGCGGCCGCGCUGGUGCCAACGGACAGCUCCUCUGCUUAAAUACUAGGGACAGCUUUGUAUCGAAUCGCAAUACAAAUACAAACAAUACAUAAAGCAAACAUAAAUUCGUGCUAGAUUACACGAUAUAAAAUAUUUGUUACAUUAAUAUUAAAUUGUCUUAAAUUAUAGUAACAUGUAGUUGACCAGUGUUACAGUUCGUAGAUGUUUCGUUAGUUACCCUUGGGUUUUUGUUCAAUAUAAAUGAUUGUGUUUCUAUUUGAUCGUGUAUAUUCUUGAACUGGAGUCAUAUUUUUUGCAAUUAAUAUUGCGAUAAUAAGAAUUUUAGAUGUACAAUAAAAAUACAAAUAUUGUAUACUUCUGGCAUUUCAAUGCAGUUUUAUAUAAAAAUGUCGCCGACUGCUAGUCUAAAAUCCUGUCCAUACUUGUAAUUUUAGGUUACGUGAUAAUUCGAUAAUAAAUACCCGAAAAUUAAUUUAGUUUUCUGUUAACACGUUCGUAGGUUCCAAGCUGAAGAGCCGGUAUUUAAAAACGUCUGGAAAAGUUUGCUACUUAAAUAUGUCAAAUUUUAACAUGAUUAACAAAGACUAUGUAUCUUUGUUUUGAUCGUGCAUUAAAACAGGAUGGUACCCAUGUUCUUUGUUACUUAUUUGUUGGGCUAAUCCACUUUGAUACGUCUUCACAGUUAAAGAUGCAAAACUACAACUAAACGACACAAAUUAAUAAACCUAUUAAUAAACAAACUAGGUUAUUGCAUAUGAAACGUAUUUGUUCUAUACAAAAAUUGGUUGAUAGUCAAUUUGAAAUCCUGAGAAUUAGCAAUUGUUAACUUUACAAUACAAGACAAGCAAAAAAUGCAUCCGAACAAUUGAGCGAAUUUAAUUUUUUCUAAGAGAAUCACGAAUGUAUCUUGGUAGUAUUUUAGUAUUUGGCCAAUCUGUUGGCAAGAAUUAUUUUAUUGUCUAAUAAGGUGAUUGAAAAAUUUAAAAAGCAAUUUACUAUUUAAUAGACUUUGCAAAAUAAAACGCAUUGGUGUUUGCUAAAUAUUUCUUAUUUAAAUGUAUAGGAAAUCAAAUUAACAGAACAAAAUUCUACACAAUACACCUGGAAUACAACCAAACUAACCAACUAUGUAAAUAGCUCAAGAAUCUUUGUAUUUCCAAAAAAGACCAAAUAGUUGGCUUGGAUUUAUCGCAUGGUUUAACUUGGGCUUAUUUAUGUUUUGAGCACUUUUAAACCAAAACCAGUUUGUUAAGUUUUAAACAGGCAAACUUCAUAAUAAAACUAUAUAAAAACAUAAAACACUAAAACGUUUCAUCAAAACAUAUGCCAGCAAAGAAAGCAGAUGACAAAUUUGUAUGUAGAGAAUACACUCGUAAGCUUAAUCGGAUGAGAGAACACAUAACGAAUCAUAUAAACAUAGCAACUACAAAUAUACCCCAUAUGCCAAAUAAAUAUAUAUAUAUUUAUCCA